GCUUGUGUUUAUCCCGUAGAUUUCCGAUAAAUGCGAAAAUGUAGACAACAAAGUGAUCGAAUAACCGUUCGAUGAUGCGAAAUCGAUUGGACUCGUCCGAUUGGUGACGUUCUUGAGUCGAUUGCUUGUGACUGCCGCUCAGUGAAUCAACAUGGCGGCUACUCCAGUAACAAAUCCGUCUCAGCUGCUCCCACUUGAGCUUGUGGACAAAUGCAUCGGCUCCCGAAUUCACAUCGUCAUGAAAACGGAUAAAGAAAUCGUCGGCACCCUGCUGGGUUUCGACGACUUUGUCAACAUGGUCCUGGAGGACGUGACAGAAUUUGAAAUCACACCAGAGGGACGGAGGAUAACCAAACUGGACCAGAUCCUUCUCAACGGCAAUAACAUCACCAUGCUCAUUCCUGGAGGAGAAGGUCCUGAAGUGUGAGCUGAGAAGCAUCGCUGAAGGCUAAAGGCAGAUUUGUGUUGUGGAUUUAAUAUUUUCCUAUGUUGUUUCUUACGUUACCAUGGUAUUGGUCUUCCCCCUUUGAUUUUGAGGGAGGAACAUAUUUUUGUAUGAUUCUUAAUUGAGUAUUUGUCAUGAAAAGGUUAAAUUACAAGUACGCUGUAAAUCACACUUGACAAAAGAGAGGUUUUUCUUUUUACAAAUAAAAAAAAAAGUCUUUAUUGGA